AAUGCUGGGUUCAAGUCGAAACAUUUUCCGACGCCUAGCUACAUCGUCUCGAGUUCUUUCCAAUGCGAACAAAAAGACAGUAGAAGAUAUGACGCAAGAGAUGUUGCAAAUGCCAGUCUCAAGAGUUCCUCCAACUAUUCAACGAUUCGCGACAUCUCUAAAAAUGAAAUUCAAGUCCGACGGUCUUGAUCAAUCAGUGAAAUCUAUUCUUGACCGCGCAUCAGCUCAACUUUAUUACAAUUGUGCAGAUAAUUAUGAUUUCGCAAAGCUCUGUGAGGCAUUUGGACUUGGAGAUUAUAUGUCUUCGUGGUACAAGUUGACACUAAUGCAUACAUGGAUGGUAUUGAUGAGACUUCAUUCAGAAUUUGAUGGAAAAGCAUACAUGAGAUUACAGCGAGGUCUUUUAUCAACAAUGUGGCUGGAUAUUGAUAAUAGGCUAGGAAUUGUGAGCAAAGAGUUGAAUCAAAUUAUGACGGGGCAAAAUGAUAUGAAGCACAUGCACGGAUUACAUUUGCAGACGUUUUUCGAAUAUGACGAGGGAUUCCUCCACGAUGACCGUGUUCUUGCUGGUGCCAUUUGGAGAUGCUUAUACAUGAAUCGAGAAGUUGAUCCAAUUCAUUUGCUGAAAGUUGUGACAUAUAUGAGAUCUACAGUUGCUUGGUUGGAAACACAGGAUACGAAUCAAAUUCUUGUUGAAGGAAUUUCCGAAUGGAAACAACUCCGGCCCUCCACUUGAUUUUUUCCUUUUAUUUCAGUCUUCAACAGUUUUAUUUAGUUUUUAGAUUCGAUGUUUUUUACUCCGUUCAUUUUUUUCCUCUCAUUGUUUAUACGCGUGUUUCUCUCCACUCUUUCCCUCGAAAUUUUUGCAAUAAAUAUCUGAAUUUCAG